AUGUAUCAAGAAAUGUUUACUCAAACUAAUGAUUUGGUGGAGAGUUUGGAACAAAAUUUAAAAGGCGAAGAUUAAGCAACGGAAAUUAUGGAUUAAUUGAUGGAAAAUGCCUGUAACGAUGCAGAGAAAUUAAAACCCAAUUUGGAAUUAUUGCAGGCUAAUCAAAAUUAAUUAGGGGAAGGCCAAAGAAAACAGAUUGGCUAUAGAUAUAAAAUAAUUACAACUUUAAUUGAAGCAAACAAAAACAUGCGUGCAGAAGGAUUUACCAAUGACAACUAUUAGAUCUUUCGUUAUGAAGUCCUAUAAGCAACAAGAGAAAUUACAGGAUCUGAAAAACCAAAACCCCCAGCAAAUUAUGGCAGCAAACCUACUUAAAAAUAACCUUAAUAAUAAUAAACGAAUACAUAACCUGAUUAAAGAGUAUAAUAAUAAUAAUAGAUUCCAAAACCACCACAAUAUGCAGACAAGAGAUAGCCCCAGACCUAACAAUAGCCUAUAAGAAAAGAACCUGAAAUUUAAAAAUAAGUUCAUCAACCUGCUUAUUAACCUCCAUUAUAAUAAAGCUAUCCAUAUGUUAGAACACAAUAGCCAUAACAUUAUUAAUAGACUAAAUAAUAGAACCAGCCUUAUUAACAACCAGAAAAGUAUAGGCAACCCUCUCCUCCUCCUCCUCCUUUUAAAAAACUACCCAUAACCAGAUCACAAGAGCAUUUUUAAAGCCCAAAUAAAGGUUAAUUUGAGGAUCACUAUGAUAAUAGGAGUUAGAGUUCUUAGUUUUCAGGGAAGGAUUUCAAUCUGAGAGGGCAAUAGGGAUUUGUAUCUAAGGUCUAUGAAGGGCAAUUUAUACCUUAUGAUGAUAGGAAUUUCUCAAUAUUAGAAGAGAUUUAUAAUAAUAACGGAAUCAGUAGAAUAAAAAGAGCAAACUUGAGGAACAGAUAUUCCAUAUUUGAAUCUCGAGAAAUCCAAAUUGGAUUUGAUUCCAAUUUAGUUUAUCACGAGAUAACAAAUCGUUAUUAUUUAAGAAUUCGUUUGUGUUUUGGAAAUAAAACAUCAACAAUAUUGUAGAAUUUCCAAUAUUCAUUCGAAGGAGACACUUGUAUGGGUCUAUGGACAUAGGAACCAGUCCAUCAAAAUAGUCAAACAUUAUUAAGAGAUUAAAUGGGAAGACUGAUAUUGAACCCAAGUUAAUAGUUGUAUGUUCCGAUAUGCAUUAACUAUAAUCGUGUUCCUUAUUAAUUAAUUUCAGGAAGAUUUAGUUACGAAAUAGCAGAUGAAGAGGAUAAAAGAACAUGUCAUUUUGCUAUUCCUUGUUUGUUAACUAAAUUUAUGAGUUUUAGAGAUACAACUAUAGAUUCGUUCAAGGCUAGAUGGGAGUACAAAUCCAAAAGCAUAUUGAAGACAGAGUAAGUACGUCUAAAUCCUAAAAUCAUAAAAUCAAAAGAUGAUUUUUUAAAAAGUUUUGGAUCAAAUAAUAUCAUAAGAUUGAAUGAUGAAUUUUUGAGCGAAGCCGAUAAAGAUUAUGUUGAGACUGAAUUUGGGUUAGCAUUUACAUUAGGCAAUCCGUAAAUAGAAUUCUUACUGAAAAUAAUUGUAUUCCCUAAUCAAACAGCGUUGUUUCAGAUAAUACCUUACUAAUCUUACUAAACUUAAGCAGAAGCAUUUUUAAACACACUAGUUUUUAUAUUUUGUUUGCCAGACUGA